CAUACACGGCGGGUUGACUUAAUUCAACAGUUUUCUUCAAAAGGUUCUGAAUUUGUUUCACAGAGUCCUGAGGCACAUUUAAGGAUCGAGACAACUGUCUGAACACCAUUCCAGUUCAACUGUCAUCCCGUUCAACUGAUAUACAGCAGCGCUAGGACUUUUCUGCCGUAUAAUUUCAGGAUCAUCGGCAAACAGGACUUGACAGAGUGAAGAGCUGUGUGAAAACCCAGAGAUUUCUUCUCUGACACUUAUGCAUUCUUUUUGCUGGAGGCUUCAUUGAAUCACUUUUUGUGUGUCUUAACUAUUCUAAGGCGCGACUGGCGAGAAAACACAGCCUUUUCUGUUACGACUCUAUGUCUACAAAAAUGGAGCAGCCGUUCUAUCAUGACGACUCUUUCCUCUUGGGCUACGGCCACUCUGAUGCGGCACUACAUGACUACAAACUGCAAAAGCAGAACAUGAAUCUAAACCUGACCGAACCGUACCGGAACCUCAAGUCCGACUUGUACCAGACAGGUAACACAGAUGUAGGUUCCCUCAAGCUUGCCUCCCCAGAACUUGAGAGACUCAUCAUUCAAAACAGCAACGGUGUCAUCACUACUCCUACACCGGGUCAGUACCUUUAUGGCAGGAGUAUCACGGAUGAGCAGGAAGGUUUUGCGGAAGGUUUCGUUAAAGCCCUGGACGAGCUUCACAAGAUGAACCAGCCCCCACCCAACGUGUCUAUUGGAGCCGGUGGUGUGACGACGUGCUCGGCAGCAGCCCCUGUGUUCGGCUCCUCCCUGCAGCCGGAGCCACCCAUUUACACAACACUAAACGCCUAUUGCCCAAGCUCCAGUCUCUCUUCCGCAUCCAGUUACCCUUCCGCCACCAUUAGCUACCUGCCGCCGCACAUUCAACAAAAUCAGCACCAGGAGACAUCAACAAACCCUUUCCAGCACUCUCUACAAGGGGUAGGCUUACAUCCACCGCGUCUAGUGGCUCUGAAGGAAGAGCCCCAGACCGUGCCAGACAUGCACAGCAGCGACGGUUCGCCACCAAUGUCCCCAAUCGACAUGGAGAAUCAGGAGAGAAUCAAAGCUGAGCGUAAGAGGUUAAGGAACCGACUGGCAGCGACGAAGUGCCGACGGCGCAAACUGGAACGUAUCGCCCGACUCGAGGACAAGGUGAAAGUUCUGAAGUCUGAUAACGCUGGCCUCUCCAACACCGCUUCGGUACUACGGGAACAGGUGGCCCAGCUUAAACAGAAGGUCCUCAGGCAUGUAAACAGCGGUUGUCAGCUCAUGCUAACGAGCAAAAUGGAGGCAUUUUGAACUUAACAAAGAACUCACUAACUUGACCGAAGUAAAACACUGGACAGUUGUAUGGCAUACACUGUAUAGCACUGGAAAAAAAAUCACAGCGGUCAGUCCAUAGAUGUGACUAUGUGAAACGGUACUUCCGGUUGCUGUGCUCUACUCAAAGGACCAUGAAUUAUGAAAUAUUGGUGUUGAACUGUAGCCCAAGGCUGUGAAAAAGAAACGCAAAGCUGCGGGAAACAAAGGGAAAACCAAUUGGAAAACCAAUUGGUAGGCUAAUAGCACAGGCCUUUAGCCUACAAUGCCUGUAGCCUGGGUUUUGUUGAUCAGUGGAAAGAGCUGUAUGUUGGUACCCUAUUACGUAAAUGCAUCUGAUUUUGUCAUGCAAUACUGAAUUCCUAAGUGUGUAAAUUAUUUUGUUUGUCAGGUUGAUCCUGACCUGUUUAACAAUGUCAUAUGUUUACAAUGUCUUUUUUUAUUUGUGCGCUGUUUAUUUAAGUAAAACAUUUUCAAAUAUAA